CUCAGUGCUGUGCGCACGGAGCCCCGUCCCCGCUAUUUUCGUUUCUGCUCUGCUGUUUCUGUCAUCCCCUUCCCUCUAUCACUUCCUCCUACAUUAUAAUAGUUUCACUGUGACUGCCUGCGGUCGGCUAACAAGGAAGCGUGGGGAGCGUGGCUCUUCACUUUCGUAGAGAGGGCGUAUGGCGGACAGUCAAUAUUCAGAUAUCAACAGCCAAAGCAUAUUAAUCCAAAACAAAAAAACCGGGACGAGGAAAGAUUCGAACUGCAAAAUGGCAACAACUACUUAUUCUGGAUUAUGGUCGUGACAUGUUAUGAACUCUUCGCAAAGUUUUAAUGUCAUGCGUAUUUACUUUGUUUUUAGCGCAUCAUAAGGACAGCUUUCCAACCCGCUGUUUUGAAUCGCUGUCAGUUACUUUUAUUUAUUGAAAUUGUAAUCACUGUCCUGGACUGGGUGGUCGUGUACGUGUCGCUUUGCGUUUUAAAUGUGGUACACUCACUGACCGCCGCCGUGCUGCACGAGCCCUUUAAUAAUUCUGGGUAAAUCUGUGGACGUGUGUUGGCACCAGCGACUGCCAUGGGGGCUAAACAGAGCAGCCCAGCCGCUAACGGACGGACCAGGGCUUACUCGGGCUCGGAUCUACCUUCUAGCACCUCUACUACCAGCAAUGGGAACGGUAGGACUGCAGCCAUGGCAAUGAGCUAUCACUCGUACGGCCAGUCGGCUCACGUGGCCUCGGGAACCACAGCGACCUCCAGUCAACACAUUGGCCCCAGGACGAGGUCCGUGGGAGGCAGUUCUGGAGGGUCAGGGCCAAGACCCCAGUCAGGCAUCAACAUCCCCAACAGCAGUGGAGCCUACAGCUCACAAGAGUCUGGCAGCAGCACCCCAGAGGAGGCAGAGAGGGACAGGUCCAGCUGGGGGCAAGGGGGUCCCCGGUUGUUGAUUGGAUCAUUACCAGCACACCUUUCGCCUCACCUUUUUGGAGGCUUCAUGUGCCCUGUCUGCUCCAAGUUUGUCUCCACGGAUGAGAUGGAUCUACACAUCGUCAUGUGCUUGACCAAACCCAGAGUGACUUAUAACGAGGACGUCCUGAGUAAGGAUGCAGGGGAAUGUGCAAUCUGUCUUGAGGAGCUGGUACAGGGGGACACCAUUGCUCGCCUGCCCUGUCUCUGCAUAUACCACAAAGGCUGUAUUGAUGAGUGGUUUGAGGUGAACAGAUCGUGUCCAGAACAUCCCUCAGACUAAAGGGCCUCGCUACUUUUCUUCACAGGUUUCUUACUUCCUCGAUAAGAAGAGUGAUCUGUUCCAAUAACAACAGUCCUCAAUGUGAAACCCAUCCCAUUCCCUGUGACUCUGUGCCCAGUACAGAACUGACCCCUGACCCCACCCCUCUAGCCCCACCACCUCCAGUAUGUCUCAACAGCCCUCAACACCUCCACUCAAACCAGUCAAGUACCGCAGAGUGCCAAAUCUCAUUAAAAGACAUUUUCAGGGAAACUACAUUGAAUGCUGAUCUAUCUCUUUAUCUUCACACACACAAUCUGCUCCAAGAGAAGACCAGACAGACACAAACUCACAAAUACACACUCACAAAUACAACCAACCUCUGCUUUGUCCUCAAAGACAGACAGACAGACAGACAGACAGACAGACACACACACACACAUACAUACAUACACACAUACAUACAUACAUGCUUAUCCGACAGCCUGAUGUUGAGGGAAGACACAACACCUCUUUUGCACAACUAUCCAAUCAGGAAAAUCUGUUGCUCUCAACACGCCCUCUCACUCUCUGCUGCAUCAAUGGAACGGCUGUAUAUGCCACCCACAGACAUUUUGCAUUCCAUCCCAUUGGCCGAGCUGCUGUGAUUGGCUGAGCUCCAGGGCUACUGUGACUUGGAAUUCCCUCCUCCUGUGUUAUUGGACAGCAGAUUCAGGUCUCCUCCCAUCUGUUUGGUCUGAGUGAUUGUACACCUGGACAUUUCGGGGAGCAAGCUGAGGGGAGAGGGGGAAGUCAGUCCUCAUCCCCCUCUCCCACUCUUUCCCCAUCCUCACCAACUCUGUCUACCAGUGCCUUCACCUUCGGAUCCUGGCCUACCAAGGCAGAGUCAGGACAACAGAACAGUGUGAAUGGUGGGUGGGGGACAGAGGGCGGGAGGUCAGGUAUCAGUCUAUACUAAAUCCUCCCUCCCUAGCCCUUCCCCCUGUGUGUUGUUGACUGGAUGACGACAGACGGAGAGAGACCCAGCAGAGAGCCAGACUCAGCUGAAUGUGAAACUCUGCUUAAAUCUAACCUUUACUCCACUGGGACAUGCUGCUAGCUGCUAGCCACACUGAAAUUAGAAGUGCCCUGCUAUAUGCUGUCCCGCUCUCUGUUUCUCACGCUCUCCUUUCCCCUGACUAGCUAUCUAACUCACAACCCUUCAAUGCCUCUGUGGUAGCAACAAGACGUGAACUGGACUGUGCUACCAGAAGCGUGUGGCUCGGCUAGUGGCAACUACAACUCCCAGCAGGCACUUCUCUGGAGUGAGAACGUUAAUCUUAGUUUUUGUAGCAGCAAUAGCUGUCUGACUGGGACAUGAGUCCCUCUGUGCUUAGCCUGAAUCCCAACUGAAUUACUGUGUUUCACUGUACAUCUUCAGUUUGGCAAUUGUAAAGAGGAGCAUUUCAGUUGGGAUCCAGGCUACAAUAUGCUGACCCCAGAUCAGAUAUCCCCCUCCCCCAGGGGCCCGUUGACAUUAUGUGGUGUAUAUACUCUAGCCUUCUACAGGGUUCACACACCCAUCCUCUUCUCUCACUCACUCACUUUGACCUUUAAUCUUAAUUUAUCAUCAUGAGACUUAGCAGUUAUUAUUAUGCAAAUUAUUUUAUUUUAAGUGUGCAGGUUUUGACAUAAUGGUGUAAUUGCAUAUCUGUGUAUGUAUGUGUGAGUUGUAGUGAAACUAAGUCGGGCCUUAAUGCAAAGAGAAUGACAUGAAUAACUAUGUCUUCUAUUCAUGUUUGUCCAUUUCAGUGCUGUUUCAAAUAGCUGCCUGAGCUAGCACACCUUUUACCCAAUCAUAAUCAUCUACCAAUCAAUCUAUCAGCCUAUCACAGUAGAGGUGAGAGGGCGGGGCAGGAAGUAGACGAUUGGUGGAGCUCCAUGCCAAAGCCAAUCAGAAUAAGGGGAAGACUGAUGUCUUCAAAAAAGUUAUCAUUAGAAUGUUGGAUCCCCUGAAACUUUGUCAACGCGUUUGAAGGUUUUACACAUUUCCUAUCUAAUACAUUUCAGCUUCCAGCAACCCUGUGUUGUAAUAUUUAAACAAGGCCUUGAUGUUGUUCUCUUUAAUGUUUUGAGAGCUUUCCCAGGAUGUGCUGCUAAUGAGUACACAAGUAUACUAGACCUCCAUCUUCACCAUUGGGUUGCGAAUAAGGGCAGAGUAAGAAACUGAUAGACAAAUUCAAUGAAUAAGACAAAAGGCUUUAUUGGCUAUGCUUUUCACAAUCAUUGUGGAGGUUUUUCCAUCUCCACAGUUUAGGGAUUUUAGAUUAUAGUAUAUUAUUAUGACAUAUCAAGGAAUAAGAUCAAUAGUAUUUAUAUUGGUUUCCCAAUUCAAACUUAUAACGACCAGUCAGACAAAUUAACAAAGAGCAUUAAUAGGGGAUCUGGGUAUUAUGGUAUGGAUAUACUAAAGAUAUUGUUACCAUGGCUACUGGGUCAGUUACACCAUAUUAACAGUGAUUUCUCCAAAAGUGCCAUCAUCAUGCCUCUAAAACAUGCUGCUAACAAUUUAUUUUUGAAGAAGUACAGCGAGGCAUAAAGCACAUUGGAAUUGGGACAAUAAAAAUCCCCCACCCAAAUGGACUGUUUCCCCGUUUGUCAUCAUGUACUAUAGCUAAUAAAGUUUCAUCUAAAUCCAGAUUGGAGUUUCUCCUCAUUGCACAUCAGUAAGGGAGAAACUAGAAUGUCUGGUCUGAAACUAGAAUGUCUGGUCUAACUGCAUGGUUUGUCCCAUGGCUACUGUACUGUAAGUGUAUUGAAAUGUUGUCGAAUGGCUCACGAUUGUGAAGCAUACUACUGUAUGUGUACAAUAUGCCCUUGUUGUCAUGGGUAUGUGUGUAGCACGAGGAUCCUCCCUAGCUAGUCUACCAGAACAGCCUUAUAUGAUCUACUGUAGCUAGAAUCAGUUUUAAAUCACAUUUGACCCCCAUUUCAGUUUUGUUAGUCUUUUAUUUGGGAUGUUUGAGUUUCUUUGGGGGAGAGUGGGGAGGCAGCCUAGCACCUAAACUGAUUUCGAUAUGUUUUUACUGUAGAGAAUUCAGUUUGGAUGUCAGGCCAGUGGUAAAGGAGGGGGGUUAUAUGGUCAUUUUGUGUAAAUGUUUUGGUUUUGCUGCUUAUGCUACAGUUGCCAAUUUGAGCCCAUAUCAAUCCAAUCGGAUCGAUGUCUAUCCAAAUCUACCGUGUUGAAAAGCGCCGUAUGGAUGGACUUGUGAAGAAGCAGUGUUUAAAUCAGUCAACAUAUAUGAAUGUGAGAUGUGUUAGAGAACACACAUAUGUCAUCAGGUAGCUAUACUUGAUGUUCUGUUCAUGAUACUAUAAUAUACCAUGACAGCAAACAUACUGUAGAUGAUUAUUAGUUGGGGAUGAGCUUGCUUGACUGAAGGUGGAGGUGUAGUAGGGCAUUCAUGUAAUAGUUGAGAGGUGAAGGAAACUAUUUUCCUUUGGGUUAUACCUCCCAAGGUACUUCAGAGACAGGCCGACAGUACAUACCUAGAAAUGUUAUUUUAGAAACUUUUUAGACAUACAGUAUGUUAUAACAUUCCAUUUAUGUAAAAAUAUGUACAGAAUUUGAAAUUAAAAGAGCAACAUUUUUGGAGCACAUUA